AUGAACAUCUCUCACUUCCUGGCCUUGCUGCUCCCAGGAUCCCCUCAGGGUCAAAACAGGAGCAGAUCAAGAAGCAUCCCGUACAACUUCUCGGACCACUGCCAGGAUUCUGUAGACCUGAUGGUCUUCAUUGUCACCUCUUAUAGCAUCGAGACUGUUGUGGGGGUCCUGGGCAACCUCUGCCUUAUAUACGUGACCAUUAGGCAGAAGGAGAAGACCAAUGUGACCAACCUGCUCAUCGCCAACCUGGCUUUCUCUGACUUCCUCAUGUGCCUCAUCUGCCAGCCACUCACAGCCAUUUACACCCUUAUGGACUACUGGGUCUUUGGGGAGGCCCUUUGCAAGAUGUCCGCCUUCAUCCAGUGUAUGUCGGUGACAGUCUCCAUCCUUUCACUUGUCCUUGUGGCCCUGGAGAGACAUCAGCUCAUCAUCAACCCAACAGGCUGGAAGCCCAGUGUCUCCCAGGCCUACCUGGGGAUUGUGGUCAUCUGGCUCAUCGCCUGCUUCCUCUCCCUGCCCUUCCUGGUCAACAGUGUCCUAGAGAAAGUCUUUCACAGGAACCACUCCAAGGCUGUGGAGUUUCUGGCAGAUAAGGUGGUCUGUACUGAGUCAUGGCCGCUGCACCACCACCGCAUCAUCUACACCACCUCCCUGCUGCUCUUCCAGUACUGCGUGCCGUUGGCCUUCAUCCUGGUCUGCUACGUGCGCAUCUACAGGCACCUGCGGAAGCGGAAGCGGGUGUUCCGAAAGGGCACCUACAGCUCGCAGGCGUGGCAGAUGAAGCGGAUCAAUGCGAUCCUUGUGGCCAUGGUGGGUGUCUUCGCCGUGCUCUGGCUGCCCCUGCACGUGUUCAACAGCCUCGAGGACUGGUACCAUGAGGCCAUCCCCAUCUGUUAUGGCAACCUCAUCUUCUUGGUGUGCCACCUGCUUGCCAUGGCCUCUGCCUGUGUCAACCCUUUCAUCUAUGGCUUUCUCAACACCAACUUCAAGAAGGAGGUCAAGGCCCUGGUGCUGACAUGUCAGCAGAGUGCCCAUGUGGAAGAGUCCGAGCAUGUGCCCCUGUCCACGGUGCACACAGAGGUCUCCAAAGUGUCUCUGAGGCUCAGUGGCAGGUCUAACCCCAUUUAGUCCGGUCUAAAGCUUCUCCCUGCCAUGUUCAUUACCAGGCUCCACCAUUUAGCUAAGUGGGCCAAUUGCAUCAUUACUGGCAAUGUUACUGGCAUUCUGGUGGCACUCCAUCACUACUGGCUUUCUGGAACCCAGAGAGGC